UGUCACACAGGGGAGUCACCACGAGAGGGAGGGACUUAGGCAGCGGGACAAUGCUGGUGUUUGUGCAACGGCCCCUGAGUGGCGACUGGCUCUCUCAUAUUGCUCUCGCUUGACUACCACUGCUGCACGCUUUGUUGAAGUGAAAGGAAAGUGGACAGCUUGAUCCUGCCUGUGGGAUGCACCGACAGAGGGUCACCACUGUGCGUGAAUGGAGCCGGGCUGAAAGAAAGUUUCACAGAAAGAGGCUCAGUGAAAGGCAUGUGUAGAAUGUGGCGUGGAUCGAGCAGACGAAAAGACGACAGUUUGAAGGGGACAUGAACAGAAAUAAUAUUUGGAGAUGCAAAGUUGGAAUGGUGAUGGAAACCGACAUCCAAGAGGACGAACAGAGCCAAAACUGAUUGUUCCCGGUAUUCUCACCACCAGAGAAGACAGGCAGUGGGUGAGAGAGAUUGGAUUUUGGUGUGAGGUACAACAGAGCAGAAGGGCUGGCCAGAAGAUCCAACAGUAGUGGUUUUUGGCCACAACAGGAAAGAGGGCGUCCACCCCUGCUACACCAGGGGGGAGGAAGGAAUCAAAAGAAGCAGAGAGCUGCAUUUGUGGCGCGGAUGGGCAGGUGAGAGAGGUCGAGAGGCUGCGAGGAACAACUUUGUGCCGGAGUGCGGAAGGGACAAGGAAAAGUAGGAGGAAGGAGAGGAGGAGGAGAAGUCGGUGCUGGAGGAGGAGUAAGAGGAGGAGAGGAGUAGUGGACCUGGGCCUGGAGCCCAAACACGAGCAGGAUGGCGGAGAAGAAAGUUAGCCUCCCUGCUAAGCUGAUUAAUGGGGGCGUGGCAGGCCUGGUUGGUGUGACAUGUGUGUUUCCUAUUGACCUGGCCAAGACCCGCCUACAGAACCAGCAGGGCGUCCAAGUCUACAAAGGAAUGCUGGAUUGUCUGGCAAAGACGGUUCGCUCAGAGGGCUAUUUCGGAUGCUACAGAGGUGCAGCAGUGAACCUCACGCUCGUCACACCAGAAAAAGCCAUCAAGCUGGCUGCCAAUGACAUCUUUAGACAGAGGCUCUCGAAGGAUGGGCAUUUGCCCCUGUGGGGGGAGGUACUGGCAGGGUGUGGGGCUGGGACCUGUCAGGUGGUUGUCACCACUCCGAUGGAGAUGCUGAAGAUCCAGCUGCAGGACGCAGGACGACUCUCUGCACAAAGGCCUGUGCCAACAGCAGCUCAGGCUGCUGCUCCCGGUCCAGCUCCGUCGUUGGUGGCCACCCCAACGCAGGCCCGGCCGACGCCUCCUCGCCGACCCUCGGCCACUGGCAUCACUGUGGAGCUACUGAAGACUCGUGGCCUGGCUGGACUCUACAGAGGAGCAGGGGCCACGUUAAUGAGGGAUGUUCCCUUCUCAAUGAUCUACUUCCCUUUAUUUGCCAACCUUAACGCGCUGGGCCGGGAUGAUGUGCAGGCCAAGGCACCAUUCUGGCAGUCCUUCUUGGCUGGCUGCAGCGCAGGCUCAGUGGCAGCUGUGGCGGUAACGCCACUGGAUGUAAUAAAGACUCGUCUGCAGACCUUGGAAAAAGGUGAGGGGGAGGACACAUACAGAGGAAUUGUUGACUGCACAAGGCGCAUCCUGAGACGGGAGGGCCCGGCAGCAUUCCUGAAGGGUGCAACGUGUCGUGCGCUGGUCAUCGCUCCUCUUUUCGGCAUUGCACAGGGUGUUUACUUUCUCGGAGUAGGGGAGGCAAUGCUGGGUUUGCUGGAAUAGCAGUGCUUAGCAAUUGUGUCGUCUCUGUUCAACUAAUUUGCUGGUUGAAUCUGCAGUGAAUGCAUGAUGACAUAACCGAGUGACCGGUGUACAAACAGAGAGCCAGAGAGGAUCAGUCUGCUGGUCUGAGAUAUGAAGAUGCUCUAAUUACUAAUAUGUGGACCAGCUAAUUGACGCUAAUCACUUUUCUGUGGGUUUUUCAUGCUGUCAGCAGGGUCCUGUCGGUAACACUGGGUCCUGUGUAUGUGUGACUAAUCUGAGGAUCUGUGUCCCAAGUUGUCAGGUUUAUCCCAGCGUGCUCGCUGCAAUAUGUCUGAGGCUCUUCCUUUCACCUGAGAGAGAUUAUUCUCUAGUUGUGCAUCCUUAGGGACAUUUUUGUCCCUUUCCUUUUUUUUUGAUCAUGUUGUUGUUAAUACAUACAGCAAACAUGUAGCCAGGGCUGGGGGUUACUUUCAACAAACACAAUAAUACAUCUAUAACACAUUGUGUACACUCAGGACACAAAUGAAUCCAGAGAAAUCAUUAACUGAAAUUAGCUACUGAGCUUUGAAGAUGUUUGCAUCUUUGUACUUGAUGUACUUUGGUGUCUUCAUAGAUGUUUAUAUGAUGAUAUACUCUCUAUCAACCAAGGGCAAAUGGUUUAGUAUAUGAAUAAUAAUUAUAAUAAUACUAAUAAUUGGAAAGACCAAAGUGGAAAUAAUAUUCAUAUUUUUUUCUGGGAGUUUAUUUGAAAGAUAGUUUUGUCCUCUAAGGUUGUGAACUGCAAGUUUUAAAUCAAAACAAAUGUGUUAUAUGGACAGUAUUUUUUUUUUUCAAC